AAAGAUCGUUGAACAUGCUUGAAACACGCAUUUUUAACAAGUUAGUAGGUAAGGUAUAAUGGGACUCAAGAAUAAAUUUUGAGCGGGAAUGAAAGCUUACUACCAUAAGCUUGGCUGGCAAGAAAGUGGGAAAAUCCUUUGGAGACAAAUUAUUGUUCCUUGAAAAAUGUGUAGGUAGUAAUUCAAUAUGGGACAAAGUUUAUUGAACUAUUACUUACCUACAACAAGGAGAUGUUGCUUUUGUAUAUCGCCCAAAAUUGGCGCGAUGAUUAUCUCUAUACUCGGUUUCAUACCAUCUGUUGGCUACCUAUUGCUUUACGAAUUGUUUGGAGCAGAAAAACUGCAGAAUAUGUAUUAUGUAGACCAUAUUGGUGCUCGAUUAAUAAUCCACACUUAUGGCAUAAAUGGGAUUUUACAGUUGGCACUGCAUAUCAUAUUAUUCAUAGCUGCAAUUAAAUAUAUCGAGACUUUAAUUUUAUUGUACCUUUGGUAUAUGAUAGGAUUCAGUAUAAUAGAUAUUAUUAUGGUAUGUUACAUAACAUUUUCAGCAAUUGUUUAUGGUAAAAUGAUAUCAGGUAUUUGUUUGCUAAGUUUGGAUCUACUAUAUUGGAUAUUCAUGUAUGCCAUAGUAUUGACUUCAUUAAAUGGGUUCAGGAGGAGUAUUCACACGGUGGUGAUAAUUAUGGCGUAAAUGUAUCAUUAUAAUAAAACCGAUGUGUAGGUAUAUUUUAAUUUACCUACGCGUUGUGCGAUGUGCAAUAGAAUAUUAAUGUGAGUUAUUAUUAAUACUUACGUCAUAUCAUUGGAGCUUACAAUUGCAGACACAAAGGUCUCUGUAUUCGAGAAAAUAUCUAAAGUCAUCCGUGAUAAAAUGUACCUAUUAUUGUCU